AUGUCAGUGGAGUGUGCAGCCAACCCUGCCUCCCCUCUGUACCAGGGGCAGAACCUCGGCUGGCUCUUCUUCUGCGCCUCUCUCUCCGUGUUCGUAGGAGGCUUUAUGAUGCUGGUCACAUGCAGGUUUGGACACGGAGCUCUCAGCCGCAUGCAUGUUCGCCCAAGACCCACCUGGGUGCAACCGCAGAUGCUGCUCACAUUCGGUGCCAAUGUUUGCUCGGUGGUGAUGUACAUCCUCAUGACCAGACAGCCUGUCCAGCACUACAUGCAGAGCUACAGCCCCGUGUUCCUAGUGGAUGUUGCCUUCCAUGUCUAUUACCUUCUCAUCUUUGGCAUCAGGUUCCUAGCAGCUGAGGAUAAGGUGCAUGCAUGGCUGGACCUGAGAUCGCUCAUUGACUUCUUCACUAUCCCGCCUUCCCUCUUUAGUCUUCUCACAUGCCAGGCAUGGCUAGGUUUGAGGUUCCUUAGAGCGCUCCACCUUCUAGACCUGCCCAGGGUUCUGCAGACAUUCAACAUUCUGGAAAACAACACCGCCAUGAAACUUUCCCGUCUGGUUGCGGUCCUGGCUGGGUUUCUGCUCACUACGGCUGGGGUGGUCCACUUGCUGGAGAAUUCUGGGGACUUUUGGAGUUCCCCACACUUUCUUACCUACUUUGAUUGCGUGUACUUCCUGGUCGUAACCAUAUCGACAGUUGGUUACGGUGAUGUAGACGUCACUACGACCUUUGGACGCUUCUUCAUCAUCAUUUUCAUCUCCAUUGCAUUGGGUGUGUUUGCCAGCUACGUUCCUGAGGUGGUUGAAAUCAUCGUUAACAGGAAGCGCUUCAGUGGCAGCUACAGAAACACUUCCAGAGAGACACACGUGGUGGUCUGCGGCCACAUAACUCUAACCAGCGUCUCCGCAUUUAUGAAGGAGUUCCUGCACGAGGACAGAGGAGACGUGGACGUUAAUGUCCUCUUCCUGGGCAGUUUGCGUCCUGACCUGGAGUUGGAGGCCUUCUUCAAUCUGCACUUCAUGCAUGCAACUUUCUUCCAGGGAUCUGUACUAGAGAGAAAGGACCAGGAGAGAGUGAUGAUGGAUAAGGCCAGUGCCUGUCUGAUUCUGUGUGAUCGGUUUACUACUGAUCACAAUAACGAAGAUUCUGCCAAUCUCAUGAGAGUGAUUUCCGUUAAGCAGUACUGUCCCAACACCAGAGUGAUUGUGCAGAUGCUUACACACUGCAGUAAAGCGUAUCUGCAGAAUGUACCCAACUGGGACAGGACUCACGGUGAUGCCGUCAUCUGCCUGGCAGAGCUCAAACUGGGCUUCAUGGCACAGAGCUGCCAGGUGCCAGGACUCUCCACACUGCUUGCCAACCUGUUCACCAUGCAGAGUGAAGUGGAGAAGGAGGGACCCAGCUGGCAGAAUCUCUACAGAAAGGGCUUGUACAAUGAAAUCUACACAGAGUAUCUGUCUGCUUCUUUCACUGGUUUGACCUUUGCCCAGGCCAGCAAGUUUUGCUUCCUCAAGCUGAAGUUGUUUUUAAUUGGGAUCAAAUUCCAAAGUGGAGAGAACAGUUCCAGGUAUGACCGUCGCUUCUCCCUGCCAGCACAACUCAGAGUCACACGCUUCCCUUUUCACCGGUGCCACCAUCUCCGGUUCAAACUGUAA